GAAACGUAAUGCAUCAUAUACGAUUCAACAACACAAACACGACUGUUUGGUUAUCGGUGCGGGUGGAGCAGGUCUUAGAGCGGCUGUAGGGCUCGCUGAAGCUAAAUUCUCCGUUGCACUCGUCAGCAAACUUUUCCCCACUCGCUCACACACGAUUGCUGCUCAAGGUGGAAUGAAUGCGUCUAUAGGCAGCAUGCAUGAAGAUGAUUGGCGGUGGCAUUUCUAUGAUACUGUCAAAGGAUCUGAUUGGCUGGGCGAUCAGGACUCCAUUCAGUACUUGACGAUGAAUGCUCCCAAUUGCGUCUUUGAGUUAGAGAACAUGGGUAUGCCAUUUUCCAGAACUAAGGAUGGCAAGAUCUACCAACGGUCCUUUGGCGGUGGUACCAUCAAAAACGGUAAGGAGAUCGCGAAGAGAACGUGUGCAGUUGCUGAUAGAACAGGGCAUGCCCUCCUCCACACCUUAUACGGGUACACGACAAAAUUCAAGAACAUUGAUCUUUUCUCUGAAUAUUUUGUACUGGACCUAUUGGUGCAAGAUGAAGUAAUUGUGGGUGCCUUGGCCUUAGAUAUGGAUGACAGCAGUUUACACAGUUUCCAGGCAAAGAACACUGUCAUAGCAACAGGAGGCUACCCUCGGAUGUAUUUUUCCUGCACCGCUGCGCACACCUGCACGGGAGAUGGUUGCGCCAUGGCUGCCCGGGCCGGCAUUCCACUACAAGACUUGGAGUUUAUACAGUUUCACCCAACAGGCAUGUAUGGGUCUGGAUGUUUAAUGACGGAAGGCUGUCGUGGCGAAGGUGGAUACAUCGUUAAUAGUGAAGGAGAACGGUUUAUGGAACGAUAUGCUCCAAAAGCUAAAGAUUUAGCAAGUCGAGAUGUUGUUUCAAGAUCUAUCGCAACUGAGAUACGACAAGGUCGAGGCGUCGGACCGAAGAAAGACCACGUAUACCUUCAACUCCAUCACCUUCCUCCAGAAGUAAUUCGAGAAAGGCUUCCCGGUAUUUCUGAGACGGCAUGGACAUUUACGGGAGCUGAUGUUUACACGCAACCUGUUCCUAUCGUACCAACAGUUCAUUAUACGAUGGGUGGCAUACCAAUUAAUUACAAAGGAGAGGCGUUAAUUCACGAUAAUGGAUGUGACAAGGUUGUUUGUGGUCUACAUUCUGCCGGGGAAGCUGUAAGCAACUGCCAUGGUGCUAACCGGUUGGGAGCAAAUUCUAUACUAGAUGUGGUUGUUUUCGGCAAAGCAAUCGGUUUAAACAUAGCUAAAAUAUAUAAGCCCGGUGCAAAACAACCAGACUUAAAGAAAAGCAUUUUCGACUCCGCCCUUGACAAUCUGAAUAAGGUGCGAAAUUUAGGCGGUUCUACAUCUGUACACGAAUUGCGAGAAUUAAUGAGGUCCACUAUGCAAAACAAAUGUGGUGUGUUCAGAGACCAAAAACUACUUAGUGAAGCAAACACUGAGAUACAGAAAUGGUAUAAGAUGUUCGAAGACAUACGUGUAACAGAUCAACGGCUUAACUGGAAUUCCGAUCUGAUUGAGACUUUGGAACUUCAGAACAUGCUCCAGACUGCUGUUCAAGUUGUAGCUUGUGCUCUCAAUCGUAAGGAGAGUCGCGGCGCCCAUUUUAGAGAUGACUUUCCGAAACGAAUUGAUGAAAUGGAUUAUAGCAAGCCUACUAAGGGACAGACACCGAAACCAAUCAACCAACAUUGGAGGAAACACAGCCUGUCAAGAGUCGAUUUAAAAACUGGGAAAGUCGAUAUAACCUACCGGCGAGUUAUUGAUAAGACAUUGGACAAUGAAGUUGAAACCAUCCCACCAGUACCGAGAGUGUAUUAA